AUAUACUACAUUGAAUUAAAACAAUACCAAUAUGUUAAUUUGGAUUCUAGCUCUAACCGUAACAAGCACAGCUGGAUAUUCCUUCUGUCCCCAACGAGUUAACUGUAUUCCCGGAUGUGUCAAGAUAGACGAAAGAGGAUGUAAAGAGUGCGCAUGCGGGGAGCUGAUGUUUCAUCCGGGAGGAUAUUAUGGAAUGACCGGUGGUUUUGGAGGAUCAUUUCCGAGUUUCCGACCUGGAACUUUAGCAGGAGGUAGUCCAUUUGGAUCUAUACAAGGAGCGAGUCACCAGGCAGCCAAGGAAAAGCCCUUAAAGGAGUGUACUGGGACCCUUCUUUGUAUGACGACGUGUCGUGGACAAUAUUCACUAGGGGAUGUGGGCAAUAAUGGUUGCCGUUCGUGCACGUGCCCGCAUCAGGCUUCGUCACACACUUCGUCACAUUCCACGUCACACACCACGUCACACACCGUCCAAACUGUGUCACAUUCAACAGCGCACGUGCAGUACAUACAGGCGACCCAUCACUCGUCCUGUACCGGUACCAAACUAUGUAUGGCCACAUGCCACACUCGAUAUUCACUGGGACCCAAAGGGCGUGACGGCUGCCAGUCUUGCUCUUGCAUGCCAGAACCAACACCAGCACCGACUCCUGCGCCUACCAUAACCUGCAUGCAAACAUACCUAUGUAUGCUUUCCUGUAAAACCGGAUAUACAUUGGGAGAAACCGGAAGUGACGGAUGCCAGACCUGCACAUGCUUACCACCCCCUACAGCCGCGCCGGCUACCCCGGCCCCCAAACCAUUACAGUGCGAACAGACCCUUAACUGUAUGUUAUCAUGUACAUCCGGGUACCAGCUUGGCAACACGAGGCCUGAUGGUUGUCCGGUAUGUAGCUGUAUUCAAACAGUAGCCCAAGUGGUACAGGUGUUUGAAGUGAAAUGUCCAGCGGAACUACACUGUGACGUAUGUUGUAACGUUGGUUACAAGUGUGACAGUAACGGAUGUCCAGUGUGCGAGUGUAUCGCGCCGGCAUCCGUUGGAUCGACAGCAGUCAUGGUGAUACAAAAACCGAUGAAGUGUCCUGCCGCCUUUUCCUGUCAUGCGCCGUGCCACGACGGGUACAAAUGUGGGGAAGAUGGCUGUCCAACAUGUGAAUGCCUCACAAUUGUAACCGUGCAACAAGUCCUGACCCAUCACGAAGAACAUUGCGAUAGUUGUCAAACGCAAACGAGCGGAGCUACAGGUCAGCAACUUGUGGUAGUAGCAAAACCCGUAACUGGCCAACAGACGUGUGACAAUUGUGGAAAUCAUGAGACGGGUUCGAUACACGCGGAAACAGGUUCAGCACAUCAGACCCUGGUCUCACCGUCAACCAGCAACCAGGCAACGUGUCAUGACUGCGAAACGCAUGGAACUAACACAGUGACAGGACCAGGAAGUAACACACACACCUUGAACGUUGGACAACAGACAAGUAACCUAGGAGGGAGUUCAUCACUUGGAGGAUCACCAAGUGGUUCCAACGGUGGUUCACCUUUUGGUGGUUUGAGCAAUGGGAUAUCUAUUGGAAGUUCUAGCGGUGGUUCAUCUUCCAGUUUACCGUUUGUUGGUUCGGGUGGUGGUUCGCCAUUAAGUGGUACAAGCAGUGGUUCAACCUCGAGUGUUUCAGGCGGAAGUUUACCGUUUGUUGGUUCGGGUGGUGGUUCGCCAUUAAUAGGUUCAAACAGUGGUUCAACCUCGAGUGUUUCAAGCGGAGGUUUACCGUUUGUUGGUUCGGGUGGUGGGUCACCAUUAAUUGGUUUGAACAGUGGUUCAACCUCGAGUGUUUCAGGCGGAGGUUUACCGUUUGUUGGUUCGGGUGGUGGUUCGCCAUUAAUUGGUACAAGCAGUGGUUCAACCUCGAGUGUUUCAAGCGGAGGUUUACCGUUUGUUGGUUCGGGUGGUGGGUCACCAUUAAUUGGUUCGAACAGUGGUUCAACCUCGAGUGUUUCAGGCGGAGGUUUACCGUUUGUUGGUUCGGGUGGUGGUUCGCCAUUAACUGGUACAAGCAGUGGUAUGUCGUCGGGCGUUUCAAAUGGAGGUUCGCCAUUUGGUGUUGCAGCCGGUAGUUCACCGUUUGGUAGUUUGAACAGUGGUUUAUCAUCUAGUGUUUCAAGCGUUGGCUCGCCUUUUGGUGGUUCUAGUGUUAGCCAAAAUGCUGGAGGGCAUGAACCGAUUAGCUCUGCAACAGCAACAGUAGUAGGAAAUUUGUCUGGAUCACAACUAGCUGCGGGAGGAUCAGCUACUGCUACUGGCAUAGGUGGUAAUGGCGGGAGUCUGUCACAAACACAAUCUACUGGGCAAUCGCCAUUUACAGCAGGCUCAGGAGGUAGUUCAGCAGGGGUUCCUUCCUUUCUGAAUGGUUACGAAUUCGGGGAAUCUGUACAAACUGGUUCGGGUCCUAACGGCACCACAUUUGUUCCACAAUCUCAGAUAGAAGGUUCUAUCGGACAAUCAAACCCCGGCCAGGGAUCACAAAGCGGAAACGGAAAUUGGUCAGGUGGGCCGUUCAAUGCAGGUGGUGCAGGUCCUUUUGGUAACAACGGUGCUGGAUUUCAUUCGAGUACCUUUGCACAGGCUGUGACGGGCGGGUCAGGAGGCCAAGGACCAUUUUCCGUAGCUGCUGGGAACAAUAGCUCUGGUGCCGGACCAUUUUCUAGCCUCUCGGGGGGAAGUGGCACACCUUUUGGCUCCACAUCAGAAUCUGGUGGUGCUGGAAUUGGAAGUGGCGGCCCAGUAUUAAACGGUUUUGGUGGUGGCCAAACGAGUGGCGGUUCAAAUGGUGGUGGACCCUCUUUUGGAGGAUCAAUUGGAGGUCAAGCUUUCGGAGGAUCUAGCGGAGGUCCAGCCUUCGGUGGAUCUAGUGGAGAUCAAGCCUUCGGUGGAUCUGGUGGAGGUCCAGCUGUCGGUGGAUCUAGUGGAGGUCCAGCCUUCGGUGGAUCUAGCGGAGGUCAAGCCUUCAGUGGAUCUGGUGGAGGUCCAGCUGUCGGUGGAUCUAGUGGAGGUUCAUCUUUUGGCGGAUCUGGUGGAGGUCCACCUUUCGGCGGAUCUGGUGGAGGUUCAUCGGGUUUAGGAUCAGUAUUUGGAGGUCACAGUCUUAUGGGCGGAGGAUUUGGUGGACACGGAGGUAAUACACAACAAGGAUCGACAGACCCGGAAAACACAAUUGAUCAUAUUAUAAAGAACUGUCCGGAAACCAUGCACUGCAUGACUACGUGUCCUUUGGGGUAUUCUUUCGGUGACACAGAAAAGAACGGUUGCCCGGCUUGUUCAUGUUUGACCGGAUCUGGAGAAAUAAUGACAGGACUUCCUCAUCAAAGCAACACAGGAUCCGAUGAACAGAAGGACGAACUUACAGAACAAACUACAGACUUGCAACAAGUGGCAUCAACGAGGCUCAAACUACUACAUAAGAUUAUAUCUGUGACGUCAUGUCCCACACCAUUUACGUGCCCGGUCACGUGCUCAAUCGGGUACGCGAGAGGACCAAGUUAUUGUCCGAGAUGUGAAUGCGUGGACGAGAAAGAGCAUCCGCUAUCAAAAACGGAAAUCGUCUGCACAGGAACGUUUGCUUGUUCUAAAGGUUGUGACACUGGUUACAAGCGUGGAUAUGACGGUUGUCCUAUCUGUGACUGUGUCCACGAGGAGGAAUGCCAUGAGUGUGAAAAACCUCAUCCAACUCCAAAACCAGAUCAAGCUGCAGUUAUUGCGAUUCUACAAAAGUGUCCACAUACACAAGAAUGCAUGACGUCAUGUAAAAACGGAUACCACAUGGGCAGCGCAGGUGUUGACGGAUGUCCAGCGUGUUCAUGCGUCGAAAAAGAAACAUGCCAUGAGUGUACGGAGACUCACCAUACAGUAGAGGUCGUACAGCCUGUCCAGGUACAAACAUCGUCCACAGAACACUGUCACGAGUGUGAAACAGGCGGCCACCAGACACAAGUGGCUGUGGCAACACAAGGUGGAAGUGGUGGCACUGCUUUCGGCGGCACUUCCUCCGGUGGCCAUAUGUCUGGAGGAUCGGGUGGUCAUUCGUCUAGUGGAACCAACGGGGGAAAUUUCGGUUCAAUGAGUGGUGCUGGAGGCAUGUCUGCUGGGAUUGGUGUCGGUGCCGGCGGAAGUCAGUGUCACCCUCUUCCUCCGGACUGCCAUCCCUCCUGUAUAGUUUACGAUGUGGCACAUUGCCGACAAUGUCGUUGUCCAAUGCAUUGAUGCUAUUCCUGGCGCCUUGUUAUUGUACUUUGCCCCAAACAUUGCAUGUACAAUGUGUCUGUAGGAUUAAAUACAUUUCCUUUAUUCUUGUCACUUAUCACAUGUCUCUAAAAUAAAGUAUUCGA